ACGGUACUCAUUCACAACCUUACACAAAAACACAUUAUAACACACUCUUUGUGCAAACUUCAAAUUUUAAAGAAUCUUUUAAUUUCAUCGACUUGCUAGACACUAUUCAACAAAAAUGUUAAUGUCAUCGUCGGAGGAGAAUCACCGGAAAACAGUGGAGGACAAGGCUGAGAUGAGGAGAAGAAAAAGAGCAAUUUGGGAAAGAAAGUGGAAGAGAUUGGACAUUGUGAAAGCUUUUGCUUCUCUCUUUGUGCAUUUCCUCUGUCUCUUAGCUCCUUUCCAUUUCACUUGGCCAGCUUUACGGGUUGCACUUGUUGUCUAUACGGUGGGUGGGCUAGGUAUCACCGUCUCUUACCACCGUAACUUGGCUCACCGGAGCUUCAAAGUCCCUAAAUGGCUCGAGUAUUUGUUUGCUUAUUGUGGUCUUCUUGCCAUUCAGGGAGAUCCGAUUGAUUGGGUCAGCACACAUCGAUACCAUCACCAGUUUACAGAUUCAGAUAGAGACCCACAUAGCCCUAAUGAAGGCUUCUGGUUCAGCCAUCUCCUAUGGCUAUUUGAUACUGGUUAUCUUGUAGAAAAGUGUGGAAGAAAGACAAAUGUGGAGGACUUAAAGAGGCAGUGGUUCUAUAAAUUCCUUCAAAGAACGGUCCUGUACCACAUUCUAGCAUUUGGUUUCCUCCUCUAUUACUUUGGUGGUGUGUCUUUCCUUACGUGGGGAAUGGGUAUUGGGGUAGCAAUGGAGCAUCAUGUGACUUGCCUCAUCAACUCUCUUUGCCAUAUUUGGGGAAGCCGAACUUGGAAGACCAACGACACUUCUCGUAAUGUUUGGUGGCUAUCGGUAUUCUCGUUUGGGGAGAGCUGGCACAACAAUCACCAUGCCUUUGAGUCGUCGGCGAGACAAGGCCUAGAGUGGUGGCAAAUCGACAUCUCUUGGUACAUCGUCCGCUUUCUCGAAAUAAUCGGUUUGGCUACUGACGUGAAGCUGCCUUCAGAGAGUCAACGGCGUCGUAUGGCAUUGGUUCGUUGAAUGAGGAUAUUCGACUUAUCGUCUUUAUUAAGUAUCAUUUAAAUGUCUACGUACGUUUCAAGGUUUUGGUAAGGGUAACACUUGUAAUAUUGUGUUAUCCGGUGUUUGUUGUGUGUGGCCAUGUGGGAACCAAUUUGCUUAAUUACGUUCGUUUUCGUGAACUUCUAAUAUGCGUAAUGAAGUUUAUCACGUUUUCUAUUGUUUCUGUCAUUUACAUUUCGUUCAUGCACAUUAGUAAAAAAACUGAUAUAAAUAUUGGUAUGAUUGCUUACGUUUGAAAAAUAAUAAUUUAUAGUGAUAUACAUUAAUUAAUAACUUUUUGCUUUGGCUCUCUGGUUUUUAUAGAGAGCAUGCAAGAAAAUUUAACUCGAGUAACCGGAAAAAAUAAGAAGCGGCCUGAGUAAUAUGAACUUUAGAAUGUGUAUGUUAAUAUUUUUAGUUUAGAUAAGAACAAGACUUAGGUAGGGGUGAACCUUUAAAUUCACCUCUCCGCUUAUUACCAAUCAAAAUGUCGCUUAGAUUAAUAAUAAAAUAGAUUAAUUUUAUUUUAAAAAAAUUGAAAUAAUUGAAAAAAAAUAAUAACGCCAAUUUUAAUGAUGCUACGCCACUAACUAAACCCUAAACUUUAAAUCUAUACCCUAAAUUCUAAACCCAAAUUCUAAACCCAAAUCCUAAACCCUAAACUCAAACCGUAAACCGUAAACCCAAACCUUAUAUCCUAAACCCAAAUCCUAAACCCUAAACCCAAACCGUAAACCCUAAACCCAAAACCUAUAUCCUAAACUCAAAUCAUAGACUAUAAACUCAAACUAUAUAUCCAAACCUAAUCCUUACACCAUAAACUCAAAUCGUAAAUUCUGAACCCAAAUCCUAUAUCCUAAAGGUUUGGUUUAAUGUUGAUGUUGUUUCCUUAGGGUUUAAAAUUUAGGUUUAGAGUCUAGGUUUGGGUUUAGGAUCUAGGGUUUGAGUUUAAGGUCUAAGGUUUGGGUUUAGAGUUUACGGUUUGAGUUUGAGAUUUGGGUUUAAGAUAUAAGGUUUGGGUUUGGGGUUUAGAGUUUAGGUUUAGAAUUUAGGGUUUCGGGUUUAGAUUUAAGGUUUAUGAUUUAGAAUUUAAGAUUUAGGGUUUGGUUAGUGGCGUUAGCGUCAUUAAAAUGAGCGUCAUUAUUUUUUUCAAUUAUUUUAGAUUUUUUUUUAAAAAAAAUAAUGUAUUUUAUUAUUAAUCUAUGUGACAUUUUAAUUGGUAACAAGAGGGGAUGUGAAUUUAAAGGUUCACCUCAGGAAUGAACCUAAGUUUUGUUCUUUAGAUAAUAUCACAUAUAUUGAUAUAUACAUAUUAAAUUCUUCAUAGAGCAUCUUUUUAGAGUUACUUCGUAUUGUUAAGCCUUUUACAAGAAAUGAAAAUCUUAGUAUUGCUUUAUUUGGUUUUUACACAUUUUCUGUCUUUUUAGUACCCAAAAAGAUAUUUUUAAUUGGCGUGUCAUGCGUACAAAAUAUUUUGCAGAUUCUAAAACCUUAAACGUUAAGAGGCAUCAAAAUGCGUGUAUUGUUAUGACGUAAAAGCAUUCGUAAAAACUUUUUUAUUAAAACUCUAAACAAUUGUCCAGGUUUGUACGUGUGCCUAUUGUGUGUAAUUCCUAGUUCUCGGACUAACCAAUCAACCGGGAUAGCCACGCAAAACAUUAACGAAUGCUCCUAUUAGAAAAUAAUUAAAUUAGCCAACCAAUCGCUUGAGUAUUUGUUGAUAUGCCUUGAAUCUGGAUAUUACAUCUAGACGAUAGAUGUUACAUCACGUACAUCAUACCGACUCGGUUGCAUCAAGAGCGUUGCAUCAAGUUAUUAUGGAUGUUACAUCUGAUCGUGGGCUUAAGCCAAUGAGUCCAUUUAAUCUCGGGUUUUAGAUGCGAGAUGUUACUAUAUAUAUCUUGUAUUCGAAGUAACCCUGAACUUGCACUCUGUAAACUCAAUAUCGCCUCCAAUAAUAAGAUCUCUCUUUGCUCGUGGACGUAGCCAAGUUGGUGAACCACGUUAAAUCUAUGUAUCGUUGUUACAUCGUUUUUAUUCAUCUGUUUCCGCAUCUGUUUCUUCUCACAAUUGUUACAACAAACUGGUAUCAGAGCUUCGGGAUGUGAUCUAGUGAGAAGAUGUCUGGAAUAAGAGCGAAGAUCGACAAGUUUGAUGGGAGAAAUAGCUUCAGUCUUUGGCAGAUUAAGAUGCAGGUGUUGUUGAAGCAACAAGGCAUCUGGGGACCAUUGUCAGAGAAGAAAUCUGAAGCAGCUGAUUUGGAGACUCUAGAAGAGAAGGCGUUCUCAACAAUUUUGUUGUGUCUAGCAGACGAGAUCAUCAUCGAAGUGUUGGAUGAGAAAACUGCUGCUAGUUUGUGGCAGAAGUUGGAGAGCUUGUACAUGACAAAAUCUCUAACGAACAAGCUACUUCUGAAGCAACGCCUCUUUGCCUUGCCUAUGCAAGACGGUAUUGAGCUUCGCGACCAUCUUGAUAAGUUAAAUUCGAUAUUACUGGAGCUGCGUAACAACAAUGUUAAGGUGGAGGAUGAAGACGCUGCUCUAAUCCUGUUGGUAUCUUUGCCGAACUCUUUCAAGAACUUCAUGCAAUCGUUCAUUGUUGGCAAAGAUACAGUGAGACUGGAAGAAGUUAGGUAGGCACUUCACAGUCGGGAAUUAUGCCAUAAGGCAUCCAGCUCAGGGACAGACAAUCAAGCUUCGGGAUUGUUUGUCAGUGGUGUGAAGGGACAUGAGAACAAAAGGAAGUCGAAAGACAGAAAAUCGUUUCCAAGAGGUCCUAAGCCAAAUGAUAUUUGCAACUAUUGCAAAGAGAAGGGACAUUGAAAGUCAAACUGUCCCAAGAAGAACAAGGAGCAACAAUCUGGAUCUGCUGCAGUAGCUGAGGAUGAAGCCAAGUCUGAUAGUGACAUCGCUCUUGUUGUGCACGGACACACACACUCUUCUGAUGUGUGGGUUCUGGAUACAGGAGCAUCCUACCAUAUGACACCGAGGAGAGAGUGGUUUUCGAAGUACACAGAGGUACUUGACGGCAAGAUUAAGAUGGCAAAUGAUUUUGUCUGCAAGAUUGCUGGGAUCGGCUCAAUCAAGCUCAGGACACAUGAUGGUAGAUUCUGCACAUUGAACGAGGUUAGGCAUGUUCCAUCAAUGACGAAGAAUUUGAUAUCUAUGAGUCUUCUGGACAGUAGAGGGUUCAAAUAUUCGGGUGGUGAUGAAGUUCUGAAUGUCUGCAAGGGUUCUAAUGUGAUUCUGAAGGGUUUCAUGAACGGUACUCUAUAUUUGCUGAAGGGUACUACCGUUACAGGUUCAGCAAAUGUUACAUUACCAGAGAUCUCAGAGGAAUAUAUGACUAAGCUGUGGCAUAUGAGGCUUGGACAUAUGGGUGAACGUGGGAUGCAACUUCUGUCGAAGCAAGGUCUUCUCUGUGGUCACAAGACCAAGAGUCUAGAGUUCUGUGAGCACUGCGUAUUUGGGAAGCUGCAUCGAAAGAGCUUUCACAAGGCAAUUCAUAGAACAAAAGGCACACUCGAUUACAUCCAUUUAGACUGUUGGGGUCCAUCCAGAGUAGAGUCACUGAAAGGUCACAGAUAUUUUGUGUCUAUGAUUGAUGAUUAUUCGAAGAAGACUUGGAUAAUUUUUAUGAAGCACAAAAGUGAAGCAUAGCUUCAAGGAGUGGAAAAUAUUGGUGGAUAAUACUUACGCUCUUCUUUUCCUUUUAUUCUAUUUACUUACCAAAAUAAUAUCUUGAAAGCAACGUUUACCUAUUGUGUUUGUCUAUCAAUAGUAAUAAUAACUAUUGAUGAUAAAUGAUGAAGAAUUUGUAAUGCUGGUGGAUGUAUGUAGGGUAUUGGGGUAGCAAUGGAGCAUCAUGUGACUUGCCUCAUCAACUCUCUUUGCCAUAUUUGGGGAAGCCGAACUUGGAAGACCAACGACACUUCUCGUAAUGUUUGGUGGCUAUCGGUAUUCUCGUUUGGGGAGAGCUGGCACAACAAUCACCAUGCCUUUGAGUCGUCGGCGAGACAAGGCCUAGAGUGGUGGCAAAUCGACAUCUCUUGGUACAUCGUCCGCUUUCUCGAAAUAAUCGGUUUGGCUACUGACGUGAAGCUGCCUUCAGAGAGUCAACGGCGUCGUAUGGCAUUGGUUCGUUGAAUGAGGAUAUUCGACUUAUCGUCUUUAUUAAGUAUCAUUUAAAUGUCUACGUACGUUUCAAGGUUUUGGUAAGGGUAACACUUGUAAUAUUGUGUUAUCCGGUGUUUGUUGUGUGUGGCCAUGUGGGAACCAAUUUGCUUAAUUACGUUCGUUUUCGUGAACUUCUAAUAUGCGUAAUGAAGUUUAUCACGUUUUCUA